AUGUCCCGCUCACGAAAAUUAGGUAGCGUGCAGCUAGAGGGUAGCACGGUAACCUUUUAUGGGGACCUCAAGUUCACGGCCCUGGUAGAAUGGAGACAACUGGCACCAAUGGCCAAAAAGGUAAGAGAUGCUGCAAUUCAAUACCGAUGGGUAUUGAAUUGCAACAGAGGACCAGCUUCUGGUCGUCUGGCCUCCAAAGACGACCAGAAGCAAUUCCUCAGACAGCUGAGCCUGCACGAGACUGAAAAAGGAGAACCCAGUGGAGACGGCGACCAGAAGCAACGGCACCCACAGUGCAAUCAUGGGCCACAAGAAUAUACGCAGCAGUGA